ACUGUUCUGGUAGGUAAUAUAUAUGUGAAUUUAAUGACUAUGAAUGCCAACUUGAACCUCAGUAGUUGGGUGUCAACGUUAUAUAUCGAUCAUCGAUCAGUGAUAAAUUGGGCGUAUAUCAAUAGUUGCAACAGAUAAGAAUUAAAAUAUUGUCAUGGAAAAAGGUAUAACAAUGUCGCCACCACCACCACCACCACCUGGUUUUGUCCCACCACCACCACCAUCUCAUUCUGUCCCACCACCGUCAUAUGAGCAACCACAAACAAGUCCCAUUGUCGUAAGGAAUUUAAAUUUUGGUCCUGAACAACAGCACAUAAUAUGUCCUUCUUGUCACGCAAAUGUGCUCACAAUAACUGAAAAGGAAGCAAACAUGAAAACUCACCUCUUCGCAUUAGGACUAUGUGUUAUAGGGUUCUGGUGUUGUGUUCCUUGCCCUUACUGCAUGGAUAGUUGUUUGGUAACAAAACAUUAUUGUCCUAAUUGUAGAUCAUAUUUAGGACAAAGUAAUAAUUAAUUCUAUGGUAAUAUUAUCAAAACCAUUUCCUUAUAUAUAUACAUAUAUAUAAUAUUUCAUAUAUAUAUAUGAAAUAUAAUAUAAUAUAAUAUAAUAUAAUAAAUAUAAUAUUUCAUAUAUAUAUAUGAAAUAUAAUAUAUAUUAUUCUGACUUUUUAUAAGGCAUAAACAAUAUUUUGCGCAUUUAUUUUAUACAAUUACUUUUUUUUUAAAGUGUUCAUUAUCUUGAAAAUAUGACCAAAAAACAUAGAUAUUUUACAUAAGGUUGUAGAUGCUUAUUCUAACUUAAGUUAAUUGGUUAAUUAACUUAACUUAAUUUUAAUGAUUAAAAAUUUAAAGUUGUCGAUAUAAUUUAUAGAAAGGUAACCUUUAAAUCAAUUUUGUAAUUGUAUUAAUAUCUCGUUUUAUACUUCUUAGCACACAAUUGUAAAUUUAGACACUAUUUUAAAUAUGACUGCUAAACAAGUAUAGAUGUUCAUUUUAAUAUUAUAAAUAUACUAUAUAUAUUAUAUAUAUAAACUAAUAUACUAAAAUCUAUAUUAUAAAUUUUUAUGAAAAUUUUUUUAAAUGUAAGAUCUAGAAUUGUAAAUUAAAAAUGACUAUACUACUACCAUCAAUAAUAAGUUUUGUAUUAAUGUACUGAAAUCUUUUUAUUAUUUAAUUACAUACAUUUAUGUAUAAGUCUGAUUUAUUGCUUCUCAAUCAAUCUUAUGUAUAAAAAAUCUUUGAUGUUAUAGUCAGAUUGAAGCACAUGAAAGAAUAGGUAUUGCAAUAAAUAUUUUUAUUGAAGA